GCACGCUGCUUCACAGUCAGUGCUGUGCCACAGUGGGCACUCCAGGCGGGACUGUGCUCGGGGUUAGGAUGCUCAGACUGCUCUGGACUCGUUCCCCCUCUUCUUCCAGACGCUUCGGACCCUCCAGGCUGCUUAGUGGAGCUUUCUCGAGGAAAGACAGAGCUCGUACUCGCACUCUGUUUAACAGACAGGGCUCUGAACCCACGCCCACCCAACACUUUGACAGCUACCCUAGACUUCUGAAUUUCAGGUCGUCCCAGCACAGCAGCAGCUUCAGGGCACCUGAAGCAGCCUGCUUCAGUAUGGCAUCAGGAAGUGAUGGUCAAGAGAGUUUAUCUCCACCGAAACACACCAACCGCUUGCGGAAGGAGAGGUCCCCCUACCUGCUGCAGCAUGCUCACAACCCUGUAGACUGGUUUCCAUGGGGCCAGGAGGCCUUUGAUAAAGCAAAAAGUGAAGACAAGCCCAUUUUCUUGUCAGUGGGUUACUCUACUUGUCACUGGUGUCACGUGAUGGAGAGAGAGUCGUUUGAGGAUGAGGAGAUUGGGAAGAUCCUGAGUGACAACUUUGUGUGUAUAAAGGUUGACAGGGAGGAGAGACCUGAUGUUGAUAAAGUCUACAUGACGUUUGUACAGGCAACUAGUGGAGGUGGUGGCUGGCCGAUGAGUGUGUGGCUUACUCCCAGUCUUAGACCAUUCAUAGGGGGCACAUAUUUCCCUCCAAGAGACAGCAGCAGAAGACCUGGGUUUAAAACUAUACUUCUGCGCAUUAUGGAACAGUGGCAGAAUAACAGAGAAGCACUGGAGUCCAGUGGGGAACGGGUGGUGGAAGCUCUACGGAAGGGCACAUCCAUCUCAGCCAGCCCAGGAGAAUCUCUGCCGUCAGGCCCAGAUGUUGCUAACAGAUGUUUUCAGCAACUGGCCCACUCAUAUGAGGAGGAGUAUGGAGGAUUUCGAGAUGCACCCAAAUUCCCCACACCAGUGAACCUGCUGUUCCUAAUGUCAUUCUGGACGGUAAAUCGUUCUUCCGCUGAGGGAGCAGAAGCAUUGCAGAUGGCUCUUCACACUCUCAGGAUGAUGGCCUUAGGAGGAAUUCAUGACCACGUGGCUCAGGGUUUUCACAGGUACUCCACAGACUCCUCUUGGCAUGUGCCCCACUUUGAGAAGAUGCUGUAUGAUCAGGCCCAGCUGGCAGUUGCGUACAUCACUGCCUACCAGGUGUCUGGGGAGCGCCUAUUUGCAGAUGUGGCCCUCGACGUGUUGCAGUACGUCUCCAGAGACCUUAGCCACAAGUCUGGUGGCUUUUACAGUGCUGAGGAUGCAGACUCACUGCCCACACCUGAGUCUGCUGAGAAGAGAGAGGGAGCCUUCUGUGUGUGGACAGCUGGGGAGGUCAGAGAUCUGCUCUCAGAAACAGUGGAGGGGGCGACUGGUGGUGCGACACAAGCUGACAUCUUCAUGCAUCAUUAUGGUGUGAAAGACCAAGGCAAUGUCGAGCCAGAACAGGACCCGCAUGGUGAGCUACAGGGUCAGAAUGUGCUGAUAGUGCGCUAUUCAGUGGAGCUCACUGCCGCUCGUUUCGGCCUCAGCGUGGACAGACUGACUGAAGUGCUGGCCAGUGCCAGGGCCAAACUGGCCGAGGUGCGCAGGGAACGCCCUCCACCUCAUCUAGACUCAAAGAUGCUGGCCUCCUGGAAUGGUCUGAUGCUGUCAGGGUUUGCUCGGGUUGGCGCUGUGUUGGGGGACAAGGCGCUGCUACAGAGAGCAGAGCAGGCUGCACAGUUUCUUCAGGAGCAUCUGUGGGAUAAAGAGGGACAGCGGAUACUGCACUCCUGCUACCGAGGAGACGACAUGGAAAUGGAACAAACAGCCUCGCCCAUCGCAGGCUUCCUGGAUGACUAUGCCUUUGUGGUGUGUGGUCUCUUGGACCUCUUCGAGGCCACACAGACUGUGCAGUGGCUGAAGUGGGCUGAGGAUCUCCAGAACAUGCAGGACCAGCUCUUCUGGGAUGCCCAGGGCAGUGGCUACUUCUCUAGUGACCCAUCAGACCCCACCUUGCUGCUGUCCCUCAAACAGGAUCAGGAUGGUGCAGAGCCCAGUGCAAACUCUGUGUCUGCAAUGAAUUUGCAACGCCUGUCCCACUUGACGGGCAAACAAGAGUGGAUGCAGCGCUCUGAGCAGCUGCUGACAGCCUUCUCUGAUCGGCUAACUAAGGUGCCCAUCGCCCUUCCUGACAUGGUCCGAGGCCUCAUGGCACAUCACUACACUUUAAAACAGAUAAUCAUCUGUGGCCAGCCUGAUGCAGAAGAUACAGCCAGUCUGAUGGCCUGUGUUAACUCCCUGUUCCUUCCCUAUAAAGUUCUGAUCCUGGCGGACGGGAAUACAGAAGAUUACCUCUACCAGAAGCUGCCCGUCCUCUCCUCCCUGGUUCAGCAAGAAGGCAAAGCCACGGCGUACGUGUGUCAGGACUUCGCCUGCGCCCUGCCUGUUACUUGCCCUCAGGAGCUCAGGAGGCUGCUGCUGGAGUGACACCAUGGGUUCUUACGUAGCCACAUUAGACUGCAUAGAUAUCUCAUAGAACUGUAUGGGUGCGAGCAGUCACCAGAAACUCUGAAUCAUAAGCUGAGGUGCACUUCCCUUGAACCUACGUUCAGUUCAGUUUAUCAGAAACACCUGCCAUGUAGGUGCACGUUAGGUAUACUAGUACUGACUGUGGCCGAUCUGUUGCUGCACAGUUUAUCAGUAGCCAUUUAACAGGUCCCAGAAGGUCUGCAGGGCCUGUUACGCUCAAGCAGUCUAAGUACACACUAAAAUGUCACCACCAGUGUUGGUUUCACUGCACGCACAGCCCACAAACACUGUUUUAAAAUCAGGUAAAAGAUCCCAAUAGGGCAAUUAGGAGAGGUUUAACGAUGGUAGAUGGAUGAUGGCAACAUGGAACAGUGACAGGACAUUCUACCACCAGCAUUUUAUGGUACUAUUUUACCAUAGUAGCAGGUAAUGGAAUGUUCUGUACAGAGAUACAUUUUGCAAACCUUUGCUUUUACCUUUGCUCCCACUGAGGUAAAAUGCUCUUAGUAAGUCCAGGCAGACCCAUUCAAGAACAUUAAGUCCCAAAGCUCAACAAAAACACAAAAUGUUGGAAACAUUACUGUGUGUUUGAAAGACUUUGUAGGAUAAAGGAUUGGAAAACACCACCUCACUAAGAAAAGUGUGGAAAUAUGAGGGCAAUAAAAGUAGUCCCAUUUGCUUAGAUCAUAGUUCUCAAAAAGUUCAGUUGUAAAGCAGUAAGCUGUGGUUCUGUGUUGGCCUCUUAUUACAUGCAAUUGUCACUUAUGAAUUUGAGAAUUUGAUCUGGACCUUAUCUGGAGUUGCCCUUCUUCUACACAGGCAGUGUACAUCCAUCAUUUUUGCCAACGAAAAUUUGUUUUGUGUGAUUUAGGCAAGAGGCGGAGCCUGUGUACCACAUAUAAUAAGCAUGAUGUGACCCACUGACACUUCCCAAGUAAUAUUCCUGCUCUUUUCAAAUGUUGGCUCACUCAGACAUUACCCAGACUAAAUGUUGUACUAGGGGGCUGGCAGGAUAAAGCCUGGGACUGAUAUAUUGUGCAGCAACAUAUGUACAGCUUACAGUUGUGACAAAGUGUCCCAACAAUAAACAUGGUAGGUAUACAUGAUGGGCAGAGUGAAUGGGUAACACUUUAUGGUAAGGAACACGAUUUAGAGAAGUUUUAGGGUCUUGUUUUUUGUUCAAUAAAGCCAAAAUUAGACAUUUAUCAUUGAUUAAUUCACUAGAAAUUUAGCUUCAUUCAUCAUGUCCGUUAUUAGUACACAAUUAACUUACAUAAUUAUAUCAUUAGCUAUCAUUUUAGUUUUCUGAACUACAAGGCUAAAUUAAGAACUAUUAUAUGUAGAAUCAAUCAUAUUCUUAUAUGGAACAAAUACUGACAUAACGGAGCCAGCUUAUCACAAAUAUCUCCAUUCAUAUUGUGUCGGUGAUAAUUGGACCAAUAGAAAUGUGCCAAAAUAACUUUGAAUUAAAAACUUUUUACAAUGACUUCCAUUAAAAAAUAAGAACAUUUUGUGUAUAUGAGCAAUUCUCAAUUCUUACACAACUAGUGUUUUUUUUUAAACAGCAUCAUUUAAAGAGAUGUGCAAGCUGUUAAGCAGAAUUAAAAGCCCCCUUCAACCUUACAAGCAGCUUUUAUAUUAAACAUGGUGCAAACAUUACAUCCAUUAAUUUCACAUAAAUAUAAGAAAAAGUGUAAAAUACGAAAAUCAUUGUCACAUAAAAAGUUAUUUACAGCUUUCCGACAAAAGCAAAUGUGUAUCUACUGAGACUUCCUGUGGCAGCUUCUAUAUGUAAAGAUGUACUCAUUUUAAAAAUGGCUAAAAACAGUAAUUCAAUUAAUCAAAUAAUUCAGUUAACCUCCCAGCCCCACUCUAUAGUCUAUGAUGCAAAUUGACUUAAACAGUACUUACGUAUGAUGAGUAGAACAUCUCUAUAGAACAUGGAAAACUUCUGGAUGUAUUAGUGACUUUAAAACUCUUAAUAACCCAAUAGUCUUAUAUAAAGCAAUUCACUUUGCACAACAAGUGAUAACAGUGUUUAUUGUGUUUUAUUGCAACUAAAAAGCCAUGUAUUUGUGUUUAUUAUGUUAGAGACUUCCAGUUGUGUGUUACUAAAGGUCAUGAUGAAUGAAGCUAGUUAAACAUUUAGAAAUGUCUAAUUUAGGCAUUAAUUAGCAACUGCUAAGACUAAAUUGAGGUUAAUAGAUGCAGGUACAAACUAAAUGCACUUGUAACUGACAGCAUAGUAUAUUUCCUUCCUUUCUUUUCUGAUCAUGGCUGAAAUGUACUUCAAGACAUAUCUGGUCUAUAGAAAGAUUGUACCUCAUGUGCACCAUUAUAGUAGAAAUGAACUCUGAAAGUGACCACCCUGUAGUGAGAGCUUCCUGCACCCCAAAACCCCCAUUGCUGAAGUCUUAUGGAGCUCAAAUUCUGUGAAGUUGACUAAAUCAUCUCCUGCAUUUCUCCUGCGACUGAAUUGAGUGCUAUAGAAAAAAGGAUUGGGCUGAAAAGUAUCAGCAUGUCCUUCUAAAGCUGUCCAUCCACUGUGAAUGAUCAAACCAGCCCGCUGUUCUGCACACUAGAUCUCAGUAUUUAAAGCACUGAAACAUACAAUGUAUGCAUAUGUUGAGCUCUAGCUUGACUGAAUAUAGUAAAUACUCAUUGAGUAACAUUG